AGUAGUAAAAGGAGAAUGUCCACGUGAGAGGAAACUUUAGAACUCAGUUACUCAGUUACCUCUUGUAGUAUUCAUAAUUAUAGUGCUUUUGUUUUAUUACUGUAUUAUACUGCUAGAUUUCCCGAGUCUAAUUUAUAAGGAUUUAGUAUGUGAAUGAAAGAGACUUUAUAAAGUUGCUUUUCUUAAAAAUAUAUUAUAAUACCAAAGUGAAUUGUGAAAUUAGAAUGUUGAGGUAAUUUUCUCACUUGUUAAUAACUCUUUGUUUAGAUGUGGAGGUGGGGUGAUAGUAUAUGAGUACAUACCACCCAGAGUUGAAGAUUCCCUGUGGUAAUUCCUACCUACUUUAUGAAAGAAUUAUAGUUGUCUCUUUUUGAUUUUUAAAUGAGCUUUGGUUUAUACUUAUGUUUAUUUAAAACAAUGUUAAUAAUUGAGAUGAUUCCAGAGUGUAGGUUUCUGUUUGGUACUUCACACUUACAUCUCCAUCAGCAUGAAGAACAUUUCCAUCUCAAUGUCCUAUUAGUACAUCCAAGAAGAACUUGACAUCUCUUGCCUAAAAUAAGCAUUUAUAGCUGACCUUCCUGGUUCCAGUAAUGUCAGGACCCUCUCCCAGUUAGCAAAGAUAUACCUUUGAAAUGUCUCUUUAGCCAUCCCCUCCUUUCCAUGGCCUUUAGCUAUCACUAUUAACAUAUUCUUUCAACUGUUGAUAAUGAUAGUUAUUAUUUAUCAGAGCUUUUUAUGUUCUUAGCAAUAUGCAUACAUUGUAUCAGUAAGCAUAUAUUAUCUUACUAAUCCUCCUUUUAGUGUUCUGAGAGAGUUCCUUUUGCAAAUGAAGGAAUUGAGGGCUAUUGAGGAUAAGAAAUUGGCCCAAAGACACCCAUCUCCUAUCUUUUUCAGGAAGGAUCCUGCUUAUUUUUAUGGAUAUGUGUAUUUCCGACAAGUUCGAGAUAAAACUCUAAAAAGAGGCUACUUUCAGAAGUCUUUGGUUUUGAUCAGCAAACUACCUUAUAUUCAUUUUUUUCACACUGUGCUCAAACAGAUAGCACCAGAGUAUUUUGAAAAGAAUGAACCUUAUCUGGAAGCAGCUUGUAAUGAUGUUGAUCGAUGGCCUGCCCCAGUGCCAGGGAAAACGUUACACCUACCUAUUAUGGGGGUAGUAAUGAAGGUGCGGAUUCCCACAUGUCAUGACAAGCCUGGGACAACUCAAAUAGUGCAGUUAACUCAGCAGGGAGACACACUUGUAUCUGUUAUUUUACCUACUGUUCAUGAGGUGGAUCUUUUCAGGUGCUUCUGCCCCGUCUUUCUCCACAGUCAGAUGCUUUGGGAGCUGGUGCUGCUGGGUGAGCCCCUCGUGGUCAUGGCACCGUCACCGUCGGAGUCCUCAGAGACUGUAUUGGCACUUGUUAACUGUAUUUCUCCAUUAAAGUACUUCAGUGACUUCCGACCUUAUUUCACUAUUCAUGAUAGUGAAUUCAAAGAAUAUACCACCCGGACUCAAGCCCCGCCCUCAGUCAUAUUAGGAGUAACCAACCCUUUUUUUGCGAAAACUCUUCAGCACUGGCCACACAUUGUUCGAAUAGGAGACCUUAAACCUGCAGGUGAAAUUCCUAAGCAGGUUAAAGUGAAAAAAUUGAAGAACCUGAAGACUCUGGAUUCCAAACCUGGAGUUUAUACUUCUUAUAAGCCAUAUCUAAAUAGAGAUGAAGAGAUCAUAAAACAAUUACAGAAGGGUGUACAACAGAAACGUCCUUCUGAGGCUCAAAGUGUUAUUCUCCGCCGCUAUUUUUUGGAACUGACCCAAAGCUUCAUCAUUCCAUUAGAAAGAUAUGUGGCAAGCUUGAUGCCUUUGCAGAAAAGUAUUUCUCCAUGGAAGAGUCCACCCCAAUUAAGACAGUUCCUUCCAGAAGAAUUCAUGAAAACACUGGAGAAAACAGGACCUCAGCUGACGUCUAGAAUAAAAGGCGAUUGGAUUGGACUUUACCGGCAUUUUCUAAAAUCUCCAAAUUUUGAUGGUUGGUUCAAGACCCGGCGGAAGGAAAUGACCCAGAAAUUGGAAGCACUCCAUCUUGAAGCUCUUUGUGAAGAGGACUUACUUCUCUGGACCCAGAAACACACAGAAGUGGAAACAGUAGACCUUGUAUUGAAGCUGAAAAAUAAGCUGUUGCAGGCUGAUCGAGAGCGUUUACCCGUGAAACCUGACACUAUGGAAAAGUUACGGACACACAUAGAUGCAAUUAUCUUAGCGUUGCCCGAGGAUCUACAAGGCAUACUGCUCAAAACGGGCACGACAUGAUAUUUGCCAGGAUUUUCCAGUCAAAAAGGAUGGUGGUGCACCAUGAAGCAUACUGACAUUUCAACCAGACGCACAAGAUCUCUCAGAGUGGAAAAUAGCUGUGAAUGCUAGCUACAAGGCGGAAAAGACUAUACUGUAUAAACAGACCUUUUAGUGCAUUAUUUUUAAAAAUGGGUAUCUGUGGUGGUUCCACUUUAAUACUAAAACACCGAAAGACAUUUCUAUAUUUUUAAUCAUGUUCUAAAGUGCUCUUAUGAGAGACCUGUGGGGCCAUCAGUAUAAGUGAUUCCAAACUGCAGUGCUGGCAUUGCAGAUAUUUUUUUAAAUUGGUGCUGCUUUGCCCAAUCAUGUUGAAACUCAGGGGGAUAUAAAAAUAACAUUCACACUGGCUGUCUUCUUAAGAAGAAGGAAAAGACUGAACUGUCAGACUGUAGUUAGAAGUAAUUAAUGCUUUUGUAGUGCCUUCUGUUGUCCUACAUGUUUCACAAAGCCCAGCUGCUAGUCUUAAAGCUUUUCCUUAACGUGAUUAUGAUAUGUAAGUUUUUAUAAGGCAUUCUUUUGAGUAAUCAUUGCUUAAACAUAUGUUUUUUUGCUUCCCAUUAUGUUUACUGCUAGUGGCAUUGGUGUUUUUUUUCCAAUUGUCAUAUAGGUUUCAUUUCAUUCUUUUCUAUGCCAUCUUCAGAUGUAAUCUUAUCAGUGUCUCCAAAGGGAAGAGGGCAUCUAGUAUUAAUUAUGGAAGAGUUUAUUUCCUCUUACCUUUUACUAAUUAGGCCUGUUUACAUUAAUUGGCCUGGCUGUUUUUCAAAGACAUUCUAAUUGUAAACUCAUAAGCUAUUUUUUAAACUGAACUAUCCUUAUUUAAAAGGCAUUCAUAAACCUUUUAUGUGAUAGAUAGUCCUUUGAAUGAUUAUAAGAUUGAUUCAUCUAGCAUUAUUUGUUUGGUAGGGUUUUUCCCCCCAAAUUAAUAUUUCUCAGAACACUUUCCCUGUGGUUGUUUGACAUGGGAACUUUUGACUGAAUCACUGUUAUAGCUAUUUUUGUUGUUUUUGUUUCUGUUUUAUUUUGUUUACACUAUACUACCUUGCCAAAACUAGAAGAUUGUGGUUUGGUAGAAUAAGGUUGUUUCCUUGGUGUUUGAAUAGGAGUGUCCUGAAGAAGCCACUAUUUAAAAUAGGCACACAUGACAUAGCACAUAUGUAAAUAGCUGUGUCUUGAAUUACCCUCUACAUAACCAAAUUUAGUUGUAUGUGUUUGUAAAAGAAAUGGCUUCAGGAGCUAUCUCUUACUCUUUGUUAAUAUAAUUCCUAAGGGCACUCCAGACAUAAGAAAGGGUCCUUGGUGUUUGUAACUGUGGUCUUCUACCCAAAUGUGCCCUUUCCUUAUGGAUAUAGUCUCUUGAAGCAUACCUCAAAGUCAUAGAGAGAAUGUGGCAUUUGAAGUAAAUCAUAUGCCUUGGAUCAUGAGUUAUUUUGUGAAACAACAGUUGUCCCCACGGAAAAUGGGCGACUGCUUUUAUAUGCUGAACUAUUUCAUAUCUUCCUGGGAAACUUUGUUUAGGUAUAAGUGGUCAUCUUAUUAUUUUUCAAAAAGGUGUAUUUUAAUAAUCUUACAAUUUAUAUGCAGUUGUGACCAGAGUUUGAAAGUUGUUGGUGUCAUAUCAAGGAUCUUUUCAGUUAUACCACUGCAGGAUGUAUCAUUUCAAGUUUAUUUUGCACAGCUAAAGAGUAGCAAAGGAUGCCAGUUAGCAUAACAAUAGUAUCUUCAUAUUUACUGUAUUUAACUAAAAUCUAACACAUGUUGAAAACCGUAUCAUAGCCUGGUUUAUCUAUUAAUUUCAAAUUACGCACUUGUAAAAAUAACUUAAAAUUUCAUUGGGAACCUGAAAAAGACUGGUAACUUAAUUUUUUGUGUGAUUUUCAGAAUUGUCUUUUUUUUUUUUUUUAAGAGACAUUGUUAAGAUCUAAAACCUGCCAUUUAAUGUUUAUCUUCACCAGCAUCAAAAGGAAUCACUGCUUUCAGGGUGUUUUGUAAUGCCUAGUGCCUUCUGUUUUCAGUGAGAAAGAGGUUUUGUGAAGGCAUUUAUGGUCAUUACUGAAAACUGAAUUAAAGGCCUUGGAUUUUAAAGCC